GGGGUGAAAAUGGCAUUAGUUCUCGUUGCCGUGCGGUGUGGUGCAGUUCGAAUGUUCAACGGAAUAAGGCUCGCGCGCGCACGCUCGGAUUAGAAACAAACCGAGACAAACCACGGACGGACUUGCAGGAGUUUGAAGGAGCUUCCGUGUCAACAGAAGAACAAAAGUCCCGGAAAAAACAAAAUAAACAAACGGCAGCCCGCAGAAAAUGGAACCCCGCUGGAGCGCCUUGGGCUGUCUGCUGAUCAUGUGCUGGAUGGCAGUUCGGCCGGCGAGCGUUGCAGCAUUCCCGCGCACUGGUUUCGAAGAGUUUCGGUGUAUGCGCUCCAGCCCGUCGCUCAACAAAUGCAUGGAGGGUGCGAUCCAGCACUACAUCAGCCACAUGUACAGCGGCACGAUCAGCGAGCGUACGACGGUGUCGUCGCUCGAUCCGCUCGUCCUGCCCGACGCGACGCUGAUCGAAAACGAUGAGGUCGUGUCGACGUUUACCCACCGCCAGACGACCGGCUUCCGCAACAUGUACAUCACGGACGUACGAUCGGACAUAAGCCGGUUGGAGUUUUACUUCAAGUUUCACAUCGCAGCGAUCGACACGCGCGGCUCGUACCACGCGCGGCUACAAGCACGACCCGAAAUUGCCGAAUGGUCCCAAAUGACCUACUCGAUACGAAACUCCUCGAUUCAGCUUCAGCUGAAAGGCUUCAACUACGAGCAGGACGAUCGCGUCUACCUGAAGGUGAACGUUACCGACUGGAGCCAACAGAUCGGUGAUCAUACGGUCGGCUUUCGGUGGUUCACGAUGAGUGGCAACUACAGCCAGUUUAGCGAUCGGUUCGAGCAGAUCCGGGGGCGCGACAUCCUGCCGGUGGUGGAGCGCGAUCUGGUGCAGAGUGUGCGGGAUCGGUUUCAGCGGCUGCUGAACGAGAUCCUCCGGUUGGCACCGUUCGAGCGGUUCUUCCCGACGCGCUGACGGGGAAAUGGUAGUAUCGACAGAAUGUUUUGUAUAUAUGCUUAGGAGGAUACCUUUUUGCCCCCCCACUAGUCCGAGGGUUAACGAUUGGGGAGCCGUUUUUUUCUUUGUUUGUUUUACGAAUAAAUCAAAUUUGAACUGUAGGAAAGCGAAGAAUGACUGUGGAAAUUGGAAGC